UACAUGGAGUAGUUUUUGAAGGUGACCCAUAACAUUUAGUUGAUUUAAGUUGAGCUGGCACUAGCCCGUUACUAAGAGGAGUGCGCGCGAACGAAAUAGGCAACGCUGAGAUGAACUCGGAUUGUGAAAAGCACGCGUCUCAUGCGCAUUGAUGGUCUCUCUCUCUCCUCUCUUCUUAUGUAUACAAAUAUUCUAGCUUCUUCUAAUUUCAAGUGUUACUCUGCUAGACUGCUAAUUGGGUUCAGCCACCUUAGUCUUCAAUCAGAUCAAUACAUAGAAUGGAGGGAUUGAGACCGCAAUCGACUGUGAAGGCGGCGAUUGUCUUCAUACUACUCGGAUCGAUUCUGUUCCGUUGUGUAUCGGCUGCUGCAACUGCAAAUCACUCCAUCGAUUGGGACCUUAACUCAAACCUCGAAGCUUGGACUGCCAACACUAUAUUUCACGUCGGCGAUUCUCUAGUAUUCUCGUACACUCCGGUCCACGACGUGGUGGAAGUGAAGCGAGAGGAUUACGAUGCAUGUGUGAUCUCACACCCAAUCAAAACCCACAACGAUGGGAACACAGUGGUGAAGCUCAACCAACAAGGAAGGAGGUACUUCGUGUGUGGCCGCCAAGGACACUGCCGAAUGGGCCUGAAGCUCCAUGUCGUAGUCCACCCCCGUGGCGCAGACCCUCGUUCAACUCCCCACCCAUGUGCUGCUCCGGAGGCUUUCUUCAUCAGUGUGUUUUGGUUGGUUAUCACCACCAUACUCAUCAUCUUUAUGCUAUCUCUGUUCUGAUUAAUAUGGCUUCCAUUCUUAUCUCUUGGUAUGUGCAUUGGUUACCAUAUAUAGUACUAUUGAUUCUAACCGAUCUACUGGUUGGUUUUGUUGGUAUCUUUGCAUAUGGAUCAUGCAUUGUGAUAUAUGAAAACAUAUAACCGUACUGCCUAUAUACAUGAAUACUAGAUAUAUGUGUAAAUGUCUUAGUGUUGAUAUAUCGUUUGUUUUUGUAAUUUUGUGACUAAACACUACUAUAUGUGCUAAUAAUGCGUGCUAUUAUAUGAUCAGUGAUCGUAUUACUUGUCUUUCAUUAUAUAACUGAUGAGAUCGUCAUGUGUUCUCACUUUGUAAAAAGAUAUUUCCCUUUUUUAAUGGGCGUGUAUGAAAAUGUCUGAAUAUUUUGUACA